GAAUCAGUGACGUUUGAAGAUAUAGCAGUAGACUUCACCAAAGAAGAGUGGGCUCUGCUGGACACGUCCCAGCGGAAGCUGUUCAGAGAUGUGAUGCUGGAAAGUAUCAAUCAUCUGAUCUUUCUGGAGAAUCUUAUUGAAUGUAUUGAUUUGGGUGAUGAGUUUACUCAGAGAUCUACAUUGACUCAACAUUUGGUACUACACCUCAGGAAGAAACAUUACACCAGCAAACGGUGUAGAAUAUCACGUAGUGAACAAUCACCCCUUCCUCGACAUAGCCAAAUGCACACACGAGGCAAAUUAUAUAAAUGUCAUGUGUGUGGGAAAGCCUUCAGUAAUUGCUUUUGCCUGAGGGGACAUGCGAUGAUUCACACUAGAGAGAAGCCAUUUAAAUGCCACCUAUGUGGGAAAGGCUUUGUGCAAAACUCUGACCUUAGAAACCACAGUCAAACACACACAGGAGAGAAACCAUAUGAAUGCCAUGUGUGUGGGAAAGCUUUCAGUCACAGAUCCUACCUUAGAAAACAUGAGAAAAUUCAUUCUGGAGAGAAAUGUUACCAGUGUCAUGAAUGUAAGAAAACGUUUAGUCAGAGCUCUGGCCUUAGCCAGCACAAGAGAAUCCACACCGGAGAUAAACCACACGACAUGAGGGUACCCAACACCAGAGAGAAAAUCGGGAGUGCCCUCGAAACUCAGCAGAGGAAAGGGCUGCUCCAGAGAUUCCCCAGGAGACCCCCAGGAAGACAGCAGCGAUCCUGGCAGGAAUCUACAGAAUCCUGUGACUAUGUGAAGGAUCUCUUCAUCCACACAGGCCGAUGCCCGUGUACACCACCAAGAGGGCAUGAGACUCGGAGCCACAAGCAGUCCCGGGUGAGCCUCCUAGCAGGAACGCCGUACCGACCCAGCUGUCCCCGUCGGCUUCUGUCGGGAGACGUGCGGCGAGCACCUGGCCAACAGCUGGACGCCGUGAUGCCCCGGGUGUGGGGGCCCCUGAGCCGCCUGCCCCGGCACGCCAACGCUCUGCCCGGGAUCCCGGCCUCGUCGUCCAGCCGACUGAACACAGGCCCCGAUGGGCCUCCCGUGAGGGUCCGCAGGCCGUCUCCAAGGCGCAUGGCCUUGGCCACGCCCAGGCACCAGCCAAGCGUCCUGAGGUCGAGUCUCCUCAUCCCGCAACCCGACGGGCUCCCGUCGCCCAGCCCCACAUGCAGGCACCAGCCAAGAGAUGGGCCCCGAUCCCCGACGAGAUGUGCCAGAACCCUCCAAAGAAACCACGAUGGAGCCCCUUCCACCAACCCGACUGGAGCAUAG